UAAGACUUAAGAGCUUCACCACCACACAUCAUUCAAUUUCACUCUGGGAGCUAUAAAGAUAUCAAUCCACACUUCAUCCAGAACAUGUCUGGAUUUUAGGAGGACAUUGAAAACAUUUUCCACCUCAAUAUUAACCAUUGGAUGGUUUUAAUGUUUUUUUUUCUAGGAUUAUCAAAUCAGGAUUAACCUGUGAGAACGAUGCCAGGCACCGUGAAGCUGCGCAGCGUCAAGAAGUUUGGGAAAGAAAAUGAUGGCUAUGAACUUUCAGAUGAAGAAACAAAUGGUGAUUAUAUGACAAUGGAAUCAUCUAGCAAGGAUGACAAGUCCAAAAAUUGCAAGAAAGAAGAAUCUGCUAUUCGCGUGGGCUUCUUUCAGCUGUUCCGCUUCGCCAGUUGCAGAGAGAUCUUGAUGAUGAUAUUAGGGAGUUUGUGUGCGGCUGUGCACGGCUCAGCUCAGCCGCUGAUGCUGCUCGUGUUUGGCCUGUUGACCGACACAUUCAUCGCCUAUGACAUUGAGCUAAAUGAGCUAAAGGAUCCAGAGAAAGAAUGUCGGAAUAACACUAUUCAGUGGCGAAACCUGACAGAAGAUGAAAACUUUUCUCUAAACAUGACCAUGCCAUGCGGGCUGUUGGACAUUGAAUAUGAAAUGACCAAUUUUGCUUAUUAUUAUGUUGCCAUUGGAACGGCUGUUUUCAUGCUUGGAUACCUCCAAAUCUCUCUGUGGGUCACGGCAGCAGCGUAUCAGAUUCAGAUCAUCAGGAAGAUGUAUUUCAGGAAGGUCAUGAGAAUGGAGAUUGGUUGGUUUGACUGCACUUCUGUAGGAGAGCUCAACACACGCCUGUCUGAUGACAUCAACAAGAUAAACGAUGCCAUCGCUGAUCAGGUAGGGAUUUUCAUCCAGCGAUUCACCACAUUUGUGUGUGGUUUCCUUCUGGGCUUCGCAAGGGGCUGGAAGCUCACGCUGGUCAUUAUCUCUGUGUCUCCUCUGAUCGGCAUCGGAGCGGCUCUCAUGGCUCUGUUUGUGGCAAAACUGACAGGACGUGAGUUGCAAGCGUACGCUAAAGCAGGUGCCGUGGCAGAUGAGGUUUUGUCUUCUAUACGCACGGUGGCAGCGUUUGGCGGAGAGAGAAAAGAGGUGGAGAGGUAUGAUACUAAUCUGGUUUCCGCACAGGAGUGGGGCAUCAGAAAAGGUUUGAUAAUGGGAUUCUUCACUGGAUACAUGUGGCUCAUCAUCUUCUUGUGUUAUGGACUGGCCUUCUGGUACGGAUCUAGUCUAGUAUUGAACGCGCAAGAGUACAGUCCAGGAACAUUACUACAGGUGUUUUUUGGAGUGCUCAUAGCUGCGAUGAAUCUGGGACAAGCAUCUUCUUGUCUGGAGGCCUUUGCUUCUGGAAGAGGAGCUGCUACCAUUAUAUUCGAGACCAUAGAUCGCGAACCACAGAUCGAUUGUCUCUCUGAAGCUGGAUAUAAGUUUGACAAAGUGAAAGGGGAUCUGGAGUUUCAUAAUGUGACAUUUCACUAUCCAUCUAGACCUGAAGUAAAGAUCUUGGAUCAGCUCAGUUUGCAGGUGAAGUCAGGUGAAACAACAGCAUUUGUGGGUCCCAGCGGUGCCGGGAAGAGCACGACUGUCCAGCUCAUCCAACGCUUUUAUGAUCCAAGAGAAGGCAUGGUUACAUUGGAUGGUCAUGAUAUCCGAGGUCUGAAUAUCCAAUGGCUUCGUUCUCUGAUAGGAAUCGUGGAGCAGGAGCCGGUUUUGUUUGCCACCACCAUUGGUGAAAACAUUCGGUACGGACGGCCUGGGGUCUCGACUGAUGACAUCAUCAAGGCAGCCAAAGAGGCUAAUGCUUACAACUUCAUCAUGGACUUACCACAGAAAUUUGACACUUUGGUAGGUGAGGGUGGUGGCCAGAUGAGUGGCGGGCAGAAACAGCGAAUCGCAAUAGCCCGAGCGCUGGUGAGGAAUCCCAGAAUCCUCCUCUUGGACAUGGCCACAUCAGCUCUAGAUAAUGAGAGUGAAGCUGUCGUACAAGAAGCUUUGGACCAGGUCCGAUUGGGGCGCACCACCAUCUCUAUCGCUCACCGUUUAUCAACAAUUAAGAAUGCAGAUGUGAUCGUGGGCUUUGAGCACGGCCGUGCUGUGGAAAGUGGAAAACACGACCAGCUGCUUGAAAGAAAGGGUGUCUACUUUACUCUGGUCACUCUUCAGACCCAAGGAGACAAAGCACUCAACCGAAAAGCCGGACAAGAAAUGGAGAAAGCCGAAGCCAGUGACCCAAAUGCAGAGAGGAAAAGCUUCAAAAGAGCAGGAAGUUAUCGCGAGAGCUUGAGGGUCUCUAUUCACCAAAGAUCUCGAUCCCAGUUAUCAAACAUCAUACCUGAAUCCUCUGUGGCUAUCGCUGGAGAGCUUGGCCCUCGCUCUCACUCUGAAACCUGUGUUCCUCAGGAGCUCAAGAGCACGCUUCCUGUUGAUGAGGCAGAAGAGGUGGAGCCAGCCCCUGUGACCCGUAUACUGAAAUACAACCUUCCUGAAUGGCCCUACAUGCUGUUUGGAAGUAUCGGAGCAGCUGUGAACGGAGGGGUCAACCCGGUGUAUUCUCUCCUCUUCAGUCAGAUCCUGGCGACCUUCUCAAUGACCGAUCCUGUCGCGCAGAGGAGAGAAAUCAAUGGCAUCUGUCUGUUCUUUGUGCUCGUUGGUGUGAUUUCUUUUUUCACACAGAUGUUGCAGGGCUAUUCGUUCUCCAAAUCUGGGGAGUUGCUGACUCGUAGAUUGAGACGUCUGGGUUUCCAAGCCAUGUUGGGACAGGAGGUUGGCUGGUUUGAUGAUCAUAAAAACAGCCCCGGUGCUUUGACCACAAGACUGGCCACUGACGCCUCACAAGUUCAAGGAGCAACAGGUUCUCAGAUCGGCAUGAUCGUGAAUUCUCUGACCAACAUUGGUGUGGCCAUCAUCAUCUCUUUCUACUUCAGCUGGAAGCUCACGAUGGUCAUCCUGUGCUUCCUGCCCUUCCUGGCUCUCUCUGGAGGCUUCCAGGCUAAGAUGCUCACCGGAUUCGCCAAACAGGACAAAGAAGCCAUGGAGGUGGCAGGGCAGAUAUCCGGAGAAGCUUUAAAUAAUAUCCGCACCAUCGCCGGCCUGGGCAAAGAGCGUCAUUUUGUGGAAAUGUAUGAGGCACAGUUGGAAGGCCCGUACCGUGCUGCCAAAAAGAAGGCUAAUGUUUAUGGCCUCUGUUACGGGUUUGCCCAGUGCGUGGUCUUUAUGGCAAACUCAGCAUCUUACCGGUUUGGCGGAUACCUGGUUCGACAAGAGGGGCUACACUUCAGCUUAGUUUUCAGGGUGAUUUCAGCCAUCGUAACCAGUGGAACAGCUUUAGGUCGAGCGUCGUCUUACACACCAGACUACGCAAAGGCCAAGAUCGCAGCUGCACGAUUCUUCAAGCUGCUCGACCGCAUCCCGAAAAUUAGCAUCUAUAGCUGUGAAGGAGAAAAAUGGGAUAAUUUUAAAGGAGACAUUGAGUUUCUAGACUGCAAGUUCACGUACCCCUCCAGGCCAGAUAUUCAGGUUCUGAACGGGUUGAAUGUGAGCGUCAAGCCCGGUCAGACUUUGGCUUUUGUGGGCAGCAGUGGAUGUGGCAAGAGCACUAGUGUUCAGCUCCUGGAGAGAUUCUAUGAUCCUGAUAAAGGCCGUGUGCUCAUUGAUGGCCAUGAAUCCAGCCGGAUCAAUGUUGCGUUCCUCCGCUCUAAGAUCGGGAUCGUCUCCCAGGAGCCGAUUUUAUUUGACUGUAGUAUUGCAGAGAACAUCCGUUAUGGUGACAACCUACGAGAGCUCAGCAUGAAUGAUGUCAUCUCAGCAGCCAAAAAGGCCCAGCUGCAUGAUUUUGUGAUGUCACUUCCUGAUAAAUACGACACAAACGUUGGUUCACAAGGUUCCCAGCUUUCCCGUGGUCAGAAGCAACGUAUUGCCAUCGCUAGAGCGAUCAUACGAGACCCCAAAAUACUUUUGCUUGACGAGGCCACCUCAGCGCUGGACACAGAAAGUGAGAAGACUGUGCAGGAAGCUCUGGAUAAAGCGAGAGAAGGCAGAACUUGCAUCGUCAUUGCUCACCGUCUUUCUACGAUCCAGAACUCUGACAUCAUAGCCGUGAUGUCACGGGGUUAUGUAAUCGAGAAGGGUAGUCAUGACUAUUUGAUGGGUCUGAAGGGAGCAUACAAUAAACUCGUCACGACUGGAGCUCCCAUCAGCUAGUGUCAUAGCAAGCAUAUAUUGUAUCUCAGAAUCUGAGCAAAACUAUGUACAUCCUUCUUAUGAUAAGACCAAUAAUUUACUGUUGUCCUUUCAAACCACCAAAACUCAAAAGUCACUUUUUUUCAGUAAAUUUUAAAUGAUUAAAAACUGUGUUGUCAAACUUGACAAGCCCUUUUGAAUUAUUUUAAAUGGUUAGAUAUUUGUAAAACCCAGUGACAAACAUAAAUGGUGAAUAAUAAUCAACAUUUACGAAAAAUAAAUAAAUAAAUACAAUCCAUUCAUGGUUUCAAAAGGACAGCAGCAAUAUCAAAGAAAUGGUUGAUUAGCCAUGUCUGUUUUACAUAGGAAUAUUUUUUAUUUUGAGUACAUAUUGUGUGAUUUUUUAUAACCUUUUAAUGCAUGAAUUAUGAAAGCUUGGUCAGGAUUUCCCCCCCAGUAUGUUUUCAUUGUUCUUUGGCAUCUAUACAUUUGAGUGGACAUCUGAAGUGAUAAAGUAUAGGAUGAUGCAGUUAAUUUAUGAUUUAAUGUUAAAAUGAAAUUAUCAAAUUACCUCAAUCCUCCGCUAAUAUAACUGAGACUAUGGGUGGAUAUGUUUAUUAUGUAGAGACACAAAUAUACAUAAUAUACUUUAUUUAAAUUUACAUUAAAUUGUAAUUCACUUAUUGUAAAGACACACAGGGAUUAGAUCAUCUCUAAUAUAAUAUCAUAGAAAUGAACAUUUGUAAACCUGUUCAUUGUUUAACGAAUGUUGAAAACGAGAAGGCCUACUUCUUCAUGUUUAAAUAUUGUAUUUUCAUGUAAAGCAUUCAGCAUAUACACAAUAAAUUCAGACUGAAGGCUCAGGGGUGAAGUCAGUAAUGGAAGAAUGAAAAAAUAGACAAAAUUGUGCUUUAAGGCUGAUAGUUUUGGAGGUUUCAGUAAAGAACAAAGAUUUUCAAAGAUCCUCUUCCUAGGACUUUGUUGUACGUUGUAUAAAUCAUGUAGCCAUCUUUAUUGUCUUCAUUUGUAAAAAUAAAUAAAAUAAAAUGCCA